UGCCUCAACCUCUCCAUCCUCAACAUCAUCACCCAUCAACCCCGCCCCCAUCUUCUCGCCCAGCAUCCAUACUCUCCUCCUCUCCACUCACACCCCCGCUUCCCCAGACCCCCUGCACCUCCCUCCCAACCCCCUCAACCCUCCGCCAACCACCCAGCAGGCCUCACCUCACACAUGCCAUGAGUGACGACAUGGACAUUGAACCUCCCUCUGUCCACGACAAGCGCACAUCCCCCACCAACCCUUUUCCUCUCUCUCCCAGCGGGAGCGAUGACGGUGAUGGUCUCGCGGAUGGUGACGCUCAAGUCGACGACCUUCCUCCCGCCACCCUCGAGGCCAUGAAACGGGCAAUAGAUGAUGCCCCGGACGGAGACACGACUGCUGAAAUGCUCAAAACUCUCUUGAGAGAUUACUUGAGUCGUGUCCCGUUUCUCAGGCAGCAAAUUGUGGAUCAGCAGGCGACAAUUGCCGAGCUUCAACAAAAGCUAGAGCUCGACAAGGCCUUGGUUGACAUUGAGCGCGACCGCUUCAUCUCGGAGCGUACAGGCUGGCAAGCGCAGACAGACGCCCUCAUAAGGACACGAGAGGCUGAGAUCGCUGCAGGUUCAAAGUCAAAGGGUAUCUUGGACUUGGACGUAAACUACCACCGAGACCUCGAAGCGGCCAACAAGCGUUUGGAAAUGGACAACCGCCUCAUGGCGCCACGGUUGGUCGACACCCAGCAACAGAUUGAAAGGCUGGUCCACGAGUUGCGCGUGCUACGCACCCACGUCAUGCUUCAGACCAGCGCCUUCACUGAGGAGCAGGAGCACGACGAGCAGGAACGACGGAUCGAUCAGACGCCGACGGCAGGGACGAGCUCGGCGACAAAGCGCACGCCCGCGCAGCCCUCGAAGCCCGCGCGUAUGAGCAAGGCCGUAAUGGGUGAUGCUCGUGCGGAGCACCUGCUACUAGCAGCGAAGAAAGUCCGCUCCAUGCGUCAACAGAACAAGAACAUUGGUCUCCUGACCCUGGAGGAGCUGCAGCGCAAGGGCGUAGUCGGGCCCGACGGCGGCCUUAGUUACUCGGAGGGAUAUGGUGGCUUGCCAGAAGAGGAUGAGCUGCUGCCCAGUGACGAGGACGACCGAAAACCAUCGACGUCGACCGCAACGCCCGCUUACCACCGCCCCAGUUCGACCGCCAAGUCGACUGGCACGCCCCUCCUUCCCCGUCAGAAGAAGGUCAAACGGAACGCGCCAACCACCCCGUCCCGAGCACGCACCGCCCAACAGGCGCCUCAAACAACACCUGGUGGGAGCAACUUUAAUGACCUCCUGCUUGCCGCCGAAAUGGCUACGCGUCCACCGACACCCAGCCGCAGCGUGCCCAAUAACAUGUCGAGCGCCCGCACCACAUCAUUAUGGGAAGCUACGGCAAUGCAGAGCCCGACUAAAAAGUCAAAGCGACAGCCUCCAGCUACAGUCGAGUGGUCAACGCGACGUCAUAUCAACAAAGAGGGUGACGGAUCACCAAAUCGGGGUGAAGGCGGGUCGGCACUGGAUUUACUCGCCCAAGCCAGUCAGGAUGUCGCGCAGGGCUCGUCGGGCGGUGGCCUGUCAUCCGCUGCCCGGCUGGGAGGCGCAAUGGAGGGCGAUUCUCGACACGCUUACCGUGCACACGGCAGUCGGAGUGAGACUCCGCUCGGCCCGGCCAUCAACUUGGAUAGUCGCGCUACUCCAUCUCACUUCCCGCCCGGUCAUGACAAUCCGUUUGUUGGCGGCAGCCCGGGUGCAUUCCAAAGCCCUACGGGCGCGGCUGUUCCAGGCCUCGGCAAGUAUGUUCACUUGUCGAGCACCGUUCCAGCGCGCCGGGUGCGCUCUCCGUAUCUGAAGUGGACGAAGGAGGAGGAUGAACUGCUCACGCGCGCGGUGAUGGAGCACGGCGAGAAGUGGGACCUGGUCAGCAAAUGUGUGCCAACGCGAAGCUAUCACCAAGUUCGACAGAGGUGGCUUCGUAAGACUGGUGCUUUCGACAAGAAGCCUGCGACAGCUGAUCCCUCUCCGCUAGGAACGGGGCCGGCAGGCGAGCAGAGCAGCCCGACACCGAAGGGCCGGAAGCGGAAGGAGUAGGCCAUGAAGUGUGCUGUGUGCUGUGCCCUUGUAGAGUUGUAUAAUAGCAUAGAAGGGCCUGUGCGCGAGUGGGUGGAUGGUGGAUGCAAGAGAACGAGAGUGGCAGUGUCUGA